AUGGUUGAGAUUUGGUUUGUUCGCCAUGGCCAGACCGACUGGAACAUCGAGCACCGCCUUCAAGGCCACCAAGACAUUCCUCUCAACGCCACAGGCCUAAGUCAAGCUGCCGCCGCCGCCUCGUAUCUCAUGGACAUCCAUCGCACCACGCCAUUCGACGCUGUUGUAACCAGCGACCUCUCACGUGCAUACUCCACAGCAGGAGCUAUUGCAUCUGCCUUGUGCCUUCCGCUACGGUUGAAUGCUGGCCUUCGGGAGCAUAACCUCGGCCGCCUCCAAGGAUUCACCAGUCGCGAAAUGUCUCCGUCGCAGCACCACGACUACGAGUUACUGCGAACAGAUGCAGAAUUCAACGGACAUGGCGGCGAGUCGUCGGCGGAGAUGGCCGCGCGUGUCCAAACGACGUUGAAGUCCCUGCAACAGCAACAUGGCGGACAGCGACUGGUCGUGGUCACCCACGGGGGCUUUCUGUUCCACUCGUUCCGAUGGAUUCACGCCAUGGCCGUGGAUCGAAGUCGGGACGAUGAGCGGACCCCCAACGCCUGCAUUUGCAUCAUCCAAGCCACCGACAACUCGCCAAGCUGGCGCGUCGUGUUGUGGGGGUCCACUCAACACUUGACCACGCAAGAAUGACGUUGUCAUCGGGCUGCAAACUCCCUAACGGGUGGCGUGCCAUGCUAAAUUUGUCAUAUACUUGGCAUGACAUAUUCGAACCAUAGUAGUACUAGUAAAGUCAAAGGAUGCGGUGG